CUCAUAUUGUGUGUUUACAUUGGCGAAGUCUUCCCCCCACCCACCCUGUCUUUCAAGUGGACGUUUUCCAAAUGACCCCGUCGUUUCAACAAGUGGUUAGAUGGAGAGAGAGAAAAUAUAUCAAGUGCUUAUAGUUAGUUAGCUCGUAGAUUUAUCAAAAGCAGAGUGGGUAGACACUUUCUGUCGAUGUGCACAAGAGGAACUAACUUAACUAGCCCAUUUCGCCUGCUGGGUUCUUCUAGAUGUAGCGAACUAACGUUAAGUAGCUCAAUCUAGUCAAGUAAUUUAGUCAACAAACAUUCAACACUGAAACUAAACAUUUUGAUUUCCUUGCUCAAAUAUGGGGAUGUGUUUACCGUGCCUUGGUGGAUCUGGAAACGACUUGUCCCCCACACCAGAUCGAGAGACAAGGAGACGUCAGCUGGCAGAGACAGCCGAGCAGAGACAGAAAGAGACAACCUCCAGGGGCGUCAAAAACCCCCAAGCAGCUGAGAGAAAUAAAAAGAAUAAGGAGAUGGAGAAACAAGAGAUGAGACCGUCUCCACCUGGAGGAGGAGGAGGGCUGAAGGUAGAGAUGGACAUGGAGAGAUCCUGGAAGUCUCAAUCUAGACGGAGGUUCAGCUAACAACAUGAAGAGUGUUGGUACCAGUUGACUUGAAAAGCCUUUUUUUGGGAUGUUGGCCCUUCUACGACAUUUUUUUAUAUUUUUAAAUGCAAGGUUAUUUUUUUUAGAGGGGAUUGUUUGCCAGGCUUCGACACUGGUAAAAAAUAAAGAUUCUACUGCCCAAUGUUGGCAGUGUGAAUCACAGGACGUGCCUCCCUUAAUGCCAAGAUAUACAAGAGGAAAAUGCAAGCCAGCCAAUGGAGCUUUGGAACAGACAGGGUGGCAUAGCUAUGAAUAGAAUAUACACACUCAGAGGAAAUAUGCUCACACUACAUCUAUAAACUGUACCAGGCAUCUUGCAGCCUACUCUCUCUUUGUCCUCUCUCCUCACACUCCUUCUUUCUCUUAGCCAUUUCAACUUGGCCAGCUUUAACACCAUGGUGCUUUCUUCUUCUGAGGAAUAUUCUGUCUUGUGACCUAUUUACUGUAUAGUACAUUUUCCUUCUAAAAUGAUUUCAUGCAACAAAGUCCUUUUAAUGUUCAAAAUAGGCCUAGAUGAUUCAAAUGGCGUUUUCUAUUGUAGAUCAGUGUGAAAAGAACUACGUUUCCCAUAGCUACCUACUGAUGAACCACGUGAAUAUUUUAGAGUUCAUGCACCAGCACUAUUCAGUUUACUUUUCUAUUGUAGUUCAGUGUGAAAAGAACUACGUUUCCCAUAGCUACCUACUGAUGAACCACAUGAAUGUUUUAGAGUUCAUGCACCAGCACUAUUCAGUUUACUUGUCUAUUGUAGUUCAGUGUGAAAAGAACUACGUUUCCCAUAGCUACUGAUGAACCAUGUGAAUGUUUUGAGUUCAUGCACCAGCACUAUUCAGUUGACUUGUCUAUUGUAGGUCAGUGUGAAAAGAACUACAUUUCCCAUAGCUACCUAGUGAUGAACCAUGUCUGUGCAAUAUAAGUUAUUUGCUACACAUUGUAAUGGUUUCUAUCGGUUUGUAAUGUAUGAAGAAAAUGCUUUAUUUAAAUGAGAUAGGAAAUUUGAGUUGUGAAAGCCUGAUGAAAGUGUUUAUGCAUGUCACAAGGUGGCUCCCCUUCCCGUUCGGGUGGCGCUCGGCGGUCAUCGUCGCCGGCCUACUAGCUGCCACUGAUUUCUUUCCUCCCCCUCCUUAUGUAUUUAUUGAGUACACCUGUUUUGAGUUGGUUGUAAUUAGUUGGGCUUUAUUAGUCAGCCGGCCCGUCCAUUUCUUUGUGCGGGAUUGAUUAUUGUAACCCUGGUGUUUGUUAUUGUGGAACGUGUUGGUUGUAUGAUCGUGUGCUGGACUGUUUCGUUCCCCGUGUCUGGGGCAUUUUUGUUUUGAGCACCCAGUGUUUAGUGGGGUGGCCGUGGUUCACCGUGUGUGCAUUAAAGGAGCACUAUAUUGAA